AUGAUACCGGACUCGUACACAGCGGAGGAUGUGUUCUACGAACUCUCCACCAUUCGGGACCCGGAGAAGACGAGUUGCACGUUGGCAGACCUUGAUGUGGUGGCACAAGACCGCUGUAGUAUCGACUACCAUCAUCAUGUGAAAUCAUCCCCAGCGAUUGGCAUGGAUAGCGGGAGUCUUGCUCGUGUUUCAAAGCCAAUUGGAAUAGUAAGGGUAGUACUGAAACCAACAGUCCCACAUUGCAGUCUUAUGUCACUUAUUUGUCUCUGUGUCUACGCGAAGUUAAAGGAUACUCUUCCACCAUGGAUGUGCGAUUGGAAAAUUGACAUUAAACUGGUUGACGGCUCUCACCUGCAGCAGCAUGAGCUGGAAAAGCAGGUUGCUGACAAGGAAAGGGUGGCGGCGGCGCUGGAAAAUAGAACACUGUCGAAGGAGAUUGCGAAACUGAUAAAUGCCGAUGCUGAUUGA